CGCGAAUUUACCGACCCGAGGGUCCGAGGUUUGAAUCCGACUUCCGCAUCUCGACUUCCCCAGUCUAGGCUUGGACAACCUAUCAGUACCCCAGCCCUCCUGCUACCUUCGGUUAUGGAGCUCGAGGUAGCUCAGUGGUUAAGGCGCCAGCUCAUGGAACGGAAGGUUCGUGGUUCAGCAUCUCGUCUGCUCCUGUCCAUGCUUGAGCAAUCAAGCGGUAUUCCAGCCAUCCUGCCUCCUUCCGUUGGCAAGCCAGCUAGGCACCGAAAGGGGGCUGCAGCUGAACGAUUUAUGGACCAAACCCCCAAUCAGUGGCGCACUUGU